AUGGAGAUCGCAAACACAAAAUGGGUGGCUGCGACGGCGAGCAUGUGGAUAGAGAGCUUCAUUGGAGCAAGCUACACAUUUGGAAUCUACUCUUCUCUCCUCAAGUCAUCCCAAUCUUAUGACCAAUCUACACUUGACACCGUCUCCGUCUACAAAGACAUCGGGGCAAACGCAGGCAUCCUCUCCGGCCUUUUUUACACGGCGGUUGCAAGCGGCAGAAGCGGUAACGGUCGCUUCUUUAGUGGGCCAUGGCUGGUUAUAUUUGUUGGGCUGCUCCAAUGGUUCGUGGGGUAUGGUUUCAUAUGGAUGGCUGCAUCCGGAGUGGUUGAACCGCCUCCGGUGGCUGUGAUGUGUUUGUUCAUGUUCUUCGCCGGUCAUUGUCAGCCUUUCUUUAAUACGGCGAUUGUUGUCACCGCCAUCCGUAACUUCUCCGACUAUGGAGGGACCGCCGUUGGUAUUAUGAAGGGUUAUCUUGGGCUAAGUGGAGCAAUUCUUGUUCAAAUGUACCACAUUUUCUGUGAAGGUGACCCAGCGAAUUACCUUCUUCUCUUGGCCGUAGUUCCAUCAAUUUUCAUUUUGACAAUGAUGCCCUUCGUAAGGGCGUACGACACAGUCGUCCCUGGCCACAAGAAAUACUUGAACGGUCUCUCCUCCAUCUCCUUGAUCGUUGUCACCUAUCUUAUGGUCGUCAUAUUGGUUGAAAAUGUUAUCGGAAUGCCAAGGUCCAUGAAAAUAUGCUCUUUCACUCUUUUAGUUCUCUUGCUCGUCUCUCCUCUCUUGGUCACAGUUAGAGCACAUCGUGAAGAGAAAGAGAGACUCCUGUCUUUGGAUUUUCCGGUUACCGAGAGAUCUACCUUGCUUGACACUCCUAAGCCCAACACUUCGAAUGAUGUUGAUGUUGUCAUGACCAAUGACAUGAACGUCCUGGAAGCAAUACGUACAAUCAACUUCUGGCUUCUAUUCCUGGCGAUGAUAUGUGGAAUGGGAUCAGGGCUCGCCACGAUAAACAACAUCAGACAGGUGGGCGAGUCACUUCGCUACUCUACGGUUCAGCUCAAUUCUUUGGUGUCUCUUUGGAGCAUAUGGAGCUUCCUAGGCCGGUUUGGGGCAGGUUACAUCUCAGACGCAUAUUUACAUAGUCAUGGCUGGCCAAGACCGGCUUUCAUAACCAUAAGUCUAGUCAUAAUGGCUUUAGGUCAUAUUGUCAUGGCCUCUGGUUUACUAGGAAGCCUAUAUAUCGGUUCCUUGUUGGUUGGGUUAGCGUACGGCUCACAAUGGGCACUCAUGCCGACUAUAACCUCUGAAAUAUUUGGGAUUCUUCAUAUGGGAACUAUAUUCUAUACAAUUGGGAUAGCUAGUCCCGUAGGUUCUUAUAUUUUCUCAGUGAAGGUAAUAGGCUACUUUUACGACAAGGUAGCUUCUGCGGAUCAUUCUUGUUAUGGGAGUCACUGUUUUAGGACUUCAUUUGUGAUAAUGGCGAUCAUGUCAGUGCUUGGAUCUCUUAUUUCUUUUGUGUUGUUCCUCCGCACAAAGAAGUUUUAUGCAACGCUUGUGGCCAAGAGGAUCUUGAAGUGAUUAAUUCUUGAAGCUAGGGUCUGGACUCUGGAUUGUGACUAUUUUUUGGCAUUUUCCCUUACAUUUCAAAGAUCAUUUUAAAAAUGUGUGUUAUGGAUUGUUUGGAAGCAAUCAAAAGGUGAGUAAUAAUCAGAAGAAUGAUCAUCUAUAACCUUACAAAUUACAUCAACAGCCAUUUGAUAAACUUAGAGAUUAUUAUUCAAUUAAAAUAUAGGGUUAAACUAAUUUGUGCUUACUAAAUAUUUUUCAGUUCUGCAUACAUUUUAAUUUCCAAUAAGCUGAAUUAUUUUACGUGCGAA